AUGCCCAAACGAGCCGCACCAUCUACCUCAUCCGCUCCAUCCAGUAAGAAGGCCAAGCCCGCUUCCAAUUCCAAGUCUACCACCACCACUCCUAAGGGCAAGGGAAAGAAAGCUGCUACUUCAACUACAACUGACUCGCCAUUGGAUACAGUCAAGCAAGUCGCUUCAGACUUGAUCAACACCGUAUCGGAAGUAGUCGACAAUGCUGGUGAUUUAAUCUUAGACGAUGGCAACACGCCUGCACCUGUAUCCAAGGUGAUUGAAGAGAACGUCGAUGUUCCCAAUUUGAAGAAGAAAGGUAAAGCAGCUAAAUCAAAGGUAUUGGAAGUUGCCGAAAAUGCUGAGAAAAACAUGGAAGAUGUUGUAGAGGAUAAAACAGGUUUAGAUGUUAAAGCUACUAAAGCCAAAGCUGGAAAAGCCGCUAAAGCAGGUUCAAAGAAAGUUGAAGAAGUAGUAGAAGCCUCCAAGCCACUCAAAGGAAAAGCUGCCAAGGCUGCUGCUGCAGCUCAAGCCAAAGCUGAAGAGGCCGUCGGAGAGGUAGGAAAAGCUGCUAAAGAUCCUAAGAAUAGGAAAAAGGCUGAAGAUUUUAUGUCUACCGCUGAAGAGACUGUCAAGUCCGUUGCUGGUAAAGUAGGAGAAGUAUUGGGUAACGUCGUCAAUCAGUUUGGCGAAGCUUCAGGAUUGUCAGCGGAUCUAGGUCUCGAAGUAGAGAAGGGUAAAAAAGUAGCUGCGAAGAAAGGUAAACAAGUGAAAGAAGCUGCUGAAGAGGUUGCUCAAGAUGCGAAGAAGACCGUUGGUAAGAAAGGUCAACAGCUCAAGAAGGACGCCGAGGAGGUAGCGGAAGAGGGUAAAAAGGUAGUCGGAAAGAAGGGAAAACAAGCUAAGGAAGUUGCUGAAGAUACUGUCGAAGAAGGGAAGAAAGUUGCUGGAAAGAAGGGAAAGCAAGUUAAGGAAGCUGCCGAAGAGGUUGUAGAAGAUGCUAAGAAGACUGCGGGCAAGAAAGGUCAACAAGCUAAAAAGGCCGCUGAAGAAACUGUUGAGGAGGGAAAGAAGGUAGCAGGUAAAAAGGGGAAACAAGCUGUAGAAGAGGUCAAAGAAACCACCAAGCGAAAGGCUAAGAACGCGACUGAAGCUGUUGAACCUACCGCCAAAAAGGCCAAAGCUGCUGUCGAACCUGUUGUAGCUAAGGGCAAGAAAGCCGCCAAAGUCGUUUCGGAUGCUAUGGAUGUGGACGAUGAAGAGGGAUAUGUUCAUGGGUUCUCGUCAUCUGAUGGUGAAGGUGAUUCAUCAGAUGAUGAGUCGGAUGACGACGAUGAAGAUCGAGCCGUUGCCGAGGCUGGCAAGAAAAUCGAUAUGUCUUCUUUACCCAUGGUUGCAAAGGAUGAUAAGUCCGUUCAAGCCAAAUUGAAGAAAGCGGCAAAGAAAAAGGACGAUCCAAAAGGUACUCUAUACUUGGGUAGAAUACCUCACGGUUUCUACGAAGAUCAGAUGAAAAGUUAUUUCUCCCAAUUCGGUGAUGUUACGAGAUUGAGACUUGCGAGAAAUAGAAAGACCGGAGCAUCCAAACAUUAUGCCUACAUUGAAUUUUCAUCUGCUUCCGUCGCUCAGAUCGUAGCUGAGACAAUGAACAAUUAUCUCUUGAUGGGACAUCUAUUGAAAUGCGAGGUUAUUCCAGAAGAUAAGGUCCAUGAGAAAUUAUGGGUCGGAGCCAAUAAGAAAUUCCGAAAAAUUCCCACCGCAAGAGUAGAAAAGCAAAAGCAUGAGAAAGAACGAACGGACGAAGAGAAGGAGAAAGCCAACAAGAAAUUGGUAAAGAAGGAAGAAGCUAGGAAGAGGAAGAUUAAAGAUUCAGGUAUCGAAUAUGAUUAUCCAGGUCAUGAAGCUUAG